AUGCCGGACGACAACCCCCUCAUCGUCGACCCCGGCCGCUUCACCGGCGAGGGGGCCGAAAUCUCGCUUCUCUCGUUCUUGCGCUCUGCUGACACCAAUCUCGACACGCUCAAAGACGAUGACAUUACAGUCGCUAUCCAACCCCUCCACACCCUCAUUCUCCGUAUCCUCGUUCCCGCCGACAAGGUCGAACCCGCCAAGCAGCUGCCGAAGCCUGGACGCCCGAUAAGGCACCUCGCCGCCCGUAUCCUCGUCAAGCUCCACAAGAAGGUGGAGAGCCGCUCUCUGUUCGAUGUCGUCCAGGCGCUCCUGAAGGCUGUCGACGGAGGUGGCAGGAACAUGAGUGCGCUCGAGAACGUUCAGAGAGUAGCCUGCUGGUACACGAUUGGGGAGGUUAUCAACGCCCAUGGAGCUAAUAUGAUGUCUCUCAUGGCCGAGAUUUGCUCGCUCUCCAUGAAGGUGCUGCGGAAUACCAACUUCUCUGUCAUUCUGCGCACGCAUGCUGUCCUCGCGUUUCGGAAGUCGCUCGUUUCCGCUGGUCGCGCCCUUCCUGACGCACAGGUCAAGGACCUACUGAAGCAGCUUCGCAACGGUCUGCAGGACAAGGCGUUGCCGGUGCAGUCAGCGUGUGCGGAGGUGUUCAUCAACCUCCACACGUACUCCCCGGUGCUCCAGCUUCAGCCCACGCUAGACAUGGUCCUUCCCCUCGGCCUGAAGUCUCUGGAGAAUGCCGAUUACCUGACCCGCCGCUCUGUCUCUCGCAUGAUCGCGCACUUCCUGGCUGCAACGCAGGUGCCUGGUUCAGGUGUCGCACCUCCUGAUCCGAAGAAGGCGCUGCCGAAGGCUGCUGAGGAAGAUGCGGAGGGGCCGCAGAUUAUCACGUCGGCUCCGGAGGACAAGGUCAAGACUCUCCUUUCGAUCGACCAGAUGCUCCGUCAUCUGAGCAUUCCGUACAACCGACCAAACGCACCUCGGAAGCUCCGCAACGCCCUCUUUGAUGUCUACGCCACUCUGUUCACGCAGCUUGGCGUACAGUACGUGGAACAGCACUAUGCGGACAUCGUCCACCACGUCAUCAAUGAGCUUGUUCUUCCUCCCCGGUCGCAGACGAGCCGCUUUGAGAUUCUGGCGACCCGCGAGGCCGUCGGCAUUCUGUUCCGCGACCUGAUCGGCGUCUCGAUGCUGACCGAGUCUGGUUACGUGAUGGCCAUCCGCGAGUGGGCCAACUCGUACCUCCGCAAAUGGCAGGCCCAGCCCCUCGCUGGGCACCGCAACCCGAGCAAGCACGCUCUGAUCAUUGCACUCCGUGAGGUCGCCGGUCUGCUGGGGCAGCUUGGAAAUGCGCCUCCUGCUAUUCUGGAACUUCUGGCAGAGCCGCUCGUCCGUCUGCUGUCCCACGAGUCGUACUCGGUUCGCCUGGCUGCUGCCUAUGCUUUGCGUCGAUUCGCCGCCGCCAACCCGAACCAGCUGCCGAUUUUGCUUUCCGGACUCCUUGCCGAUCUUCACAAGGAUAUUGAGCUGCUCUCGAGCCCCACGGCGUCCAAGGAGGUGCAGAUUCGAGCUCUUGGACGAGCCUACGCUCUUGGUGCCCUCGUUGCGGUUACCCCGAGCCGACCGCUUUACGUGUCUAGCGACAUCCCCAGUAAGGUGUUCGACGUUGCUGUGUCACUGCUCAAGCGCGCCGGAGACCACGAUGUUGCUCAGGCUACCGUCGAGGUGCAGGUCGCUUGGCAUCUGAUUGCUUCCCUGAUGUCUCUUGGUCCAGGUUUUGUCAAGCUUCACCUUCCGCAGCUGCUCGUGCUCUGGCGCAAUGCUCUGCCGAAGCCGACUAGCAAGGACAGCAUCGUGGGUGACCGUGGUGAGGCGGAGUGGAACUUCCUCCUGGUCGUGCGGGAAUGCGCGCUUGCCGCUAUUCACAAUUUCCUUCGCCAUAACACGGCGCUUGUGAACAUUGAUGUUGCUCGUCGACUGGCCACUCUUUUCACCAAUAGCCUUAACUUCGUCAACGGGUUCGCUGCUGCGUACGCCGAACUGCUGCGCGAGCAGUCCGCCAACCCCAACUCGAACUCUGUCGCCUUCACUAUGCGGCCGUCCCUUGUCGAGCGCGAGGCUACUCUCCGACGAAGAGUGCUGCAGUGCUUCACCGAUCUUGGCCCGAGCUCGGCGACGGAGAGCAUGCAACCCGCUCUGCUCCAGGCUGCCGUUACUGUCUUUGCUGACCCGGAGAAUUACUCGGGAUCAGCGGCGCAGGCUGCUAUCGCUGCCCAGGCUGGACAAUUCACCAGUGUCUGGGCAUCUACAGACGGUUAUGCCUUUGGAGUUACCAGCUUGCUGAAGGCCAGGGAGCGCGAGCGUGGCGCGACCGAGGAGGACGUGUUCCUCAACCGUGACAAGAUUGAGAUGGCCUUUGAAAGCCAGCUCAAUCACCCCAUCAUCGGCUCCGCGGAGCACGACUACGUUGAUCUGUUUAACGCGGAGGCUAUGACGGAGAGUCCCAAGCCUGUCCCAGCUCAGACCGGUGUUAUUGACGCCGGUGUCCAGCUGUUCUCCGCGCUCUUCUCCCACCAGAACCUUGAGGGUCAGGUGCAGUCUUUGGCUACUCUCAGCUCUCACGUCCGCUCGUCCAAGCUGGAGCGUAACCCCGGACGUCGCCAGGCUGUGGUCGCCAACACGAUGGAGGCCCUGAGGCGGUCACUUGUGCAGGCUGAGACAGCGGGGCAGAAGGCUCGACGUGCACUGGGCUCGCCGCAAGUGAGCGACCUCAUCAAGUCUCUACUGCAGGACGCUGUGCUCGACCCCAACCCCAGCAUUCGUGGCGCGGCUGCCCGGACGAUGGGUCACCUCUCUGCUCUGGCCGGCAGUGCCUACCUCUCGUCCCAGGUGCAAUGGCUAGUCGAUCAGGUGGUUAACAACCGUGUUCCAGAGAGUCGUGCAGGAUGUGCGGUGGCCUUUGGCUCUAUCUACUCGUCUGUCGGUGGUAUGUCUGGUGGACCGAUCCUCAAGACUAUCGUCAACAUUCUCAUGUCGCUCGCGACCGACCCGCAUCCCAUCGUCCACUUCUACGCUCUCGCCGCCCUCACUCAGAUUGUGAACGCUGCCAACCUGAGCUACUCGCCUUAUGUCCAGACCACUCUGGGCAUGAUCACCAACAUCUACCUCCUAGAGACCCACGAGCCUGAUGGAGGCUCUCUUGGAUCGGUCAACUUACGAGGUGACCUCCCCGCAUACCAGGUCAUCUGCCGACUUCUGCACGCUAUCAUCGGCGUGCUUGGUCCUGAGCUGCAGGAACCUGGCAAGGUUCGUUCGCUCGUGUUCCUGCUGGUCCACGAGUUCCGCGAGGAGACAGAUGAGGGUUUGGCUGUCGAGGCACUGCGGUGCAUGCAGCAGAUCCUCAUGUUCGCGCCCAAUGAGGUCGACGCUCCUAAGCUCGUCGGCAGCUUCCGCACCUACCUCACCAGCUCCCGACGACCGCUCAAGGUCGCUGCCAUUACGGCCCUGUACCAGAUUGUCCAGCGCAACGCCAUUCUCAUGUCCAAGGUUGGAGGAAACCAGCUUGUGGAAGAGCUCUUCGGUCUCCUCGACAAGGACCCGACCAUCGAGGGUGUCCGCGCUGUUAUCCGGUCAUGGUUGCUGCAGACGGCCGCUGCACUGCCCUCGGGCUGGAUCGAUCUCUGCCAGCGGAUUAUGUCGCGAUCGGUCGCCAACCAGAAGCAGGAUGAAACGCCGGCUCAAAACAGCGCUCCCCUGUUCCUUGACGACGAAGGCGAGUCUCUCGGCGGUGGCGAUAGCCGUGACUCGGCUCUGCAGACAUCUCGCUGGCGCACGCAGUUGUUCGCGUUGCAGUGCCUGCACAACAUUGUCACCACUGUUGCCGAGCAAGGCCGUCCGGAGCACUUCAACCCGGUGCUUGCUCGCCAGGCUGGACUGAACGCCCGCCACAUGCUCUUCUCGCGUGUGGCUGACCUCAUUCGCAUGGCGUUCAGUGCCUCGGCUGCCUUGGUGGAGGAUGUUCGUCUGGCUGGCCUGCUUGUCCUGCGAGAUGUUGUCGAGCGCUUCGCUGCUUCGCCGGACCCGGACUUCGAGGGUGCGCUGCUCCUUGAGCAGCACCAGGCCCCGAUCGCCGCUGCUCUCACGCCCAGCUUUGCCUCUGAUUCUACUCCUGAGGUCCUCGCUCGAGCUGUGCAGGUUUGCGCUGUUUUCGUCGGCAGCGGUGUCAUCAAGGAGGUCUCUCGUAUGGGCCGUAUCCUGAAACUUUUGACUGGUGCUCUCGAGCAGUGCAAGAACGGGGACAUGCUUCAGCUUGGAGAUGUGCAGAACCUGUCGACGAGCGCGUCUGUGAUGCUCAAGGUCUCUAUCCUUGCCGCGUGGGCCGAGCUCCAGAUUGCUUCUACCACCCAGGCCUACCUCAUCGAGGUCAUCAAGCCGUACCGCUGGCUGCUCGGCCCCUUCUGGGUGGGCGCUCUCCGUGACUAUGCUCUUCUCCGGACCGACCCCGAAAUGGGAGCGGCGCCGAGCGCGGGAAUGGACCUCUCCUCGGGUAUGGGCCGCGACGUCCUGCUGCCGUACUACGAGAAGGCGGUGCCGAAGCUGCUCCAUGCCGUUGCGAUCGGGCUUGCCAACGACGACCCGUUCAUCGUUGGUGCAAUCGACGGCCAGACCUUUACGUCUGCCGUCGAGCCCAAGAAGGAGACGGGAAUGGCGCGACCAGAGCCCAGCACCAACUUCUACAUUAUCUACGGUCUUGCCUUUGAGAGCUUGACACGGGCGAUCGGCAGCGACCGAAAGAUGGCUGUAGUUGCUCUGCGUAGCAUGGCGUCUCUCGUGCAGCCCAAGCUCAGCGGCACGACCGUGUUCGACGGGGCAUUCUUUGACGAACUCAUCACGCUGUGCUACCGCAUCGCCAUGUCGGAGCCGGCUCGUGUGAAGGCGGAGAUGGUGGAGGUUGUGAGCGCACUGGCAACGUCAAGGAAGGACGGUGACCAGGCUCAGCUCCGUCGGGCUCUGGCUGUUAUUGCGUUUGUCCUGCGUGAAACCAUUCCGAGUCGCGACACCAAGUCGAACUUGUCGUCAUCUGAUCCGGCUGCGGACCGGGUGGCGUUCCUGCGAGCCGCGUUCGCGUCGUACGUCAAGAUCGUGGACAUCAUGGACCUGGGUCAACGGGCCGACCUGUGCGCUGUUGCCAUUCAUCUGUUUGCCGACCUCCUCGCGGAUGAAACGCCGAAUAUGGAUCUCGCAGGACAGUGUCUCCCCAGUCUGAAGCUGCUCCUGGAUCAGACACUGAGCGCCCAAGUGCCCGCGAUCAAUGCGACGAGCGAGAAGGUCAUCCACGGUCUUCUGGGCGCGUGCUUGAGCAACAUUGAUGACAUGAGGUCGCGCGUGAACAGUGUCGCGAACGUCAAGAUCAAGAACAAUCUCUUGGCCAUGGUGCUGAUUGCGACGUCAAUUCCCCUUUCGGUGCAGGUGUCCAAGCUAGUGAUUGAGCAGAUGUGCUCUGACAUUGGCCGAUACAUGGGCGCUGGUGACGAGCGACCAGAGCUGGGUCUGACCGCGAUCCACUGCGCGACGUCGCUUCUGGUGGCUUCGCUGCGCCCCAUGCCCGGCCAACCGCCUCGAGCGUCUCCUGUCCUGCAGUACGCCGCGAUGUGCGUCUUGACGCCCAUGAUUCAGCAUGUGGCGGACACUGUUGUGUCAGUCGCUGCCGGAUCAGCCGGGCCGAGAGCGGUUGAGGGCGUCGGUGAAGUGAUUCGCGGACUGGUUGCGUGGUGCGGCGGUCUACCCGAGGACGUCAAGCCGAGAGGCUACGGCAUCCUGCUGCCGACGCUGUGCUUGCUGCUCGACCCAACCGGAGUCGAGAAGCCGAGUGGACUGCACAAGGUUGCGACGAGCACGAUGCUCCAGUUGGCGCAGAAUAGCCCCAAGGCGUUCAAGGACGCGACGCAGGCGAUGGCCGAAGGCGAACGCGCUGGCCUGGAGAAGGCCGUACGCGACGCGGUCGCGCAGGCCGGAUCACCAGCUGCCACCAGUGGCAGCACUCAGGAGAAGAAGGGUAUUGCGCUCAAGAGCUUCGGUUGA